AUGUCUGAUUUAGAAACCGGUAGAAAAAGCUCUUCUAAGAAGAAAGGCAAGAAAUCCAAGGACGAAAAAGGAGCUCUAAAAGAUGUAUCCCUGCCUAAGAAUUUCAAGGAGUAUGGAGUCCCUACUGAUAUUGGAAAGAGAGUAGUCACUUUUUCAGAUGUCGAUAAGUCAGUCUGGGAAGGAAUUACAGAGGUGCCUUAUCUGCCCACACCUUGGAACUUUAUACUCUGCAUUAUAAACUGUAUCAUACCAGGAUUAGGAACUAUUCUAUCGAGUAUUUGGGCUGACCCAUGAUCAAAGACUCAAGCUAUAAUUGGUGUAUUCCAGCUGCUCCUUGCUCCAAUAUUCAUAGGCUGGAUUUGGUCGAUAGCCUGGUCCUUCCUACUGAUCAAAAAGUCCUUUAGUGAGAAGAGGGAAGUUGACUUAAAGGCUUUUCUAAUUCAAGCCAAUGCAAAGAGAAGUGAUGAUGAUGGCUCUGGCAAAUCGCCUAAGAAGUCAAAGACCAAGUCCAAGAAGAAAAACAAGAAGUAGAGAAUUAUCGAAUAA